GGAGAAUCCGGCAAUCGGACGCCCUCCUUUUUUACCCGUGGCCGCGGAAGGAAGCGGAAGCGCCACCAUUUUAGAGCGUCCGGGGACUCGCUUCGACGCAAGCGUAGGUCAGAGAGAAAAAUCUGUAGUUACCAUGGCGGAGCUGGAGAACCUUGAGGUGAUGAUCAAGACCUUGGACUCUCAGACAAGAACCUUCACGGUGGAAGGGGAGAUCACAGUGAAAGAGUUCAAGGAGCACAUAGCAGGCUCAGUCAGCAUUCCCUCCGAAAAGCAGCGCCUCAUCUAUCAAGGGAGAGUCCUACAAGACGACAAGAAGUUAAAAGAAUACAAUGUUGGAGGCAAGGUCAUCCACCUGGUGGAACGCGCACCUCCCCAGACCCAGUCGCCCUUGGGGGGACCGUCAGGAGCAGGCUUGUCUUCUGCUCCUCACAACAACACAGGACCCCGGGGGUCAGGGUCCACUGUCCAUGACCGCAACGCCAACAGUUACGUUAUGGUGGGAACCUUCAACUUACCAGUAAGCAUUAUGGACCCACAGCCGCCCACACAAAACGAUGGAUCGUCUGUGGAUGUUCAUAUAAAUAUGGACCAGGCUCCUAUUCAGAGCGAACCCCGUGUCCGUCUUGUUAUGGCCCAGCAUAUGUUACGGGACAUUCAAGGUAUCCUGAACCGACUAGAGGGCAAUACCAGUGAGCAUGCGGCUGCGGGGGCCGAGGAUACGCCGUCCGCCAGCCCCACCGAAAGGGAGCCGAUGACAGGCACCGAAUCUGAGCCUCCCCAGGAGCCCACGCCAGCAGAGGAAACGCCACCCGCUGGGAGCGAGCCGCCCCCCGGGGCUGAAGCAGCCACCCCCAACCACCCAUCACCUGGGGAGUAUGUGGAGGUUCUGGGCGAGCUUCGUGGGUUGGAAAACCGACUCCAGCCUUUCCUGCAGAGAUACGAGGAGGUCCUGGGAACUGCCGGCACUGCCGACUAUAACAACAACACGGAGGGGCGCGAAGAGGACCAGCGCAUCAUCAACCUGGUGGGGGAGUCGCUGCGCCUUCUGGGGAACACCUUUGUAGCCCUCUCGGACCUGCGCUGCAAUCUCUCCUGCAGCGCCCCCCGCCACCUCCACGUGGUGCGGCCAAUGUCCCAUUACACAGCUCCCAUGGUCCUGCAGCAAGCGGCCAUUCCCAUCCAGAUUAACGUCGGAACUACCGUCACCAUGACGGGGAACGGGGGCCGCACCAACUUGGAAGGCUCCGCUGCCGCCCAGGCCACUCCCACAGCCCAGCCUCGCACCUCCAGCCCCGUGGAGUCAACCCAGCCCUCCGAAGGUUCGCCUCCUUCCCUCUCCCCGGGGGUCACCCCUAUCCUGCCGCAGGCCUCUCAAACGGGGCACCCCCGCGUCAUCCGGAUUUCACAUCAGACGGUCGAGCCCGUGGUUAUGAUGCACAUGAAUAUACAGGACUCCAGCUCCCAGUUGGGCAGCGCUGGUUCUGGCGGAGUGCCAUCGAUGGGACCAGCUGGUCCAACCGGACACUCCCAAGGGACGGGUAGCGGUGCCCACAUGCCUCUUCCCAGCCUCCCGCCAGAGUUCAUGCAGGCCGUGGCCCAUCAGAUAACGCAACAAGCCAUGGCAGCGGCAGCCUCGGCGGCUACAGGCCAGCAGGUCCCCAGCUUCCCGUCGGCUCCAACACGUGUCGUGAUUGCCAGGCCUUCUGCCCCUUCCGUGCGGCCCACCCACGCUGGGUCCCCCCAGCCAGCAGGACAAGGGGGCCCGGCCAUGGGUGGGAACGCGUCCUUAGCCCAGAUGAUCAGCGGAUUGGUGGGACAGCUUCUCAUGCAGCAGCCUGUGAUCGUGGCUCAGGGGGGCGGGGCUUCCUCCUCGGCCUCUUCCUCCGUCAGCGGCCAAGCCACCUUCAGCACCAGCACCUCCGCCUCCCCUCCCACAGCCUCAGCCAGCGCUGGCACCACCAACACGGCCACGACUGCUGCGGGGGGCAGCUCGGCUGGGGCCCCGGGAGGGCCCAUGCCCUCAGGCCAGCCUCCCGCAGCCUCCACCGAAUUCCAGUUCUCUCAACUGCUGGGGAACAUCCUUGGGGCGGCAGGCUCCAGCAUGGCGGGGGUGGCAGGGGUGGGCUCUCCCACCAUCACUGUGGCUAUGCCCGGCGUGCCCGCUUUUCUGCAAGGCAUGACAGACUUCCUUCAGGCGACGCAAAUGGGGGGAGGCCCCCCACACCCUCCCGAGCAGAUGGCGCCUCCUCCACAGCCAGCAGCCUCUCCUUCGCCUCCUCCUCCUCCUCCUCCUCCUCCCUCGGCCCCCCAAGGAGGACCGGAAGCGUUCUCGGCUGGCCUGGGCAGCGGCGGCCCUGGCGGUCGUGGAGGCGCUUCGGCGGACGCAUUGCCUCCCGAGUUCUUCACCAGCGUGGUCCAGGGGGUGCUGUCCUCCAUGAUGGGUUCCCUCAGUGCCCAGCAGGGUAGCACGGAGAGCAUCGCUGACUUCAUCCAGCGCCUCAGCGGCACCAGCAACAUCUUUGAACCGGGCACGGAGGGCGCGCUGGGCUUCUUUGGAGACCUGCUGUCUUUGAUCUGCCAGAACUUCUCCAUGGUUGACAUGGUGAUGCUGCUUCACGGCCAGUUCCAGCCCCUGCAGCGGAUUCAGCCCCAGCUCAGCCACUUUUUCCGGGAAGAGUACCUGCACGGCCAGGAGCCCACCGACCGCAACGUCCGGAUGGCCACGUACAAUUUGAUUAAUGGCUUGGAGGAAUAUGUCCGGGAGAGUUUUGCCUCUGUCCAAGUCCAAGAUGGAGUUGACAUUACCCGCACCAAUCUGGAGUUCCUGCAGGAGCAGUUCAACCGAAUCGCCACGCAUAUCUUGCACUGCACCGAUCACACCUUUGGAUACCGGCUGCUGGAGCUGUGCAACCAGGGUCUCUUUGAGUGCUUGGCGCUCAACCUUUACUGCUUACGAGGGGAGCAGACGGCCCUCACCACAGUCAUCAACGACCGGAUUCCCGCUCCCGAAGAGCCCAUGGACGUCCAGAUUGCAGAACAGGUUCCAGAGACCAUGCAGCGAGAGACGGCGGCCUCCCCAGCCCCAGCCACGACGGCAGAGGAAGCCAUGCCCCAGCAGCGAGGGGAGCCGGAACGUGAGGAAUUGCAGCAGGGGGAGCCCCCUGCCUCCGACGUGGAGCCCUGGGCCGCCGCUGUGCCCCCUGAGUGGGUGCCCAUCAUCCGGGAGGACAUCCAGAGCCAGCGCAAGCUCAAGCAACAGCCUCCCCUCAGUGACGCAUAUCUGAGUGGCAUGCCAGCUAAGCGGCGCAAGACAAUGCAGGGUGAUGGCCCCCCGUUGCUCCUGUCAGAGGCCGUCAACAAAGCUGCGAGAGCGGUCGGAGCGAAACCUUUGACGAGCACCGAGAGCCUGAACCGAGACCUUGCUGAUCCGGCGUUGCAAGAUGGCUACCAGCAGCAGUUGAAAUCCGAUCUGCAGGAAAGACUUCAGGCUGAUCCCAGCUUCAGUCCUCAGCGCUUUCCCAGUGCCCAGCAGGCCUUUGUGGCUGAGGACUCCUAAGAGGGGCCGGCCGGAAGCGCCCGGAGGCCAAGGCCUGUUCCUCAAGGCUGGCCUCACUCCAUAUGUGAUUGAUGCAGACACCCACUCCUUUCUCAGGCCAAAUAUUUAAAUUCCAUUUAUUUUCCCCCACGGUUGCAGUGACUAUUCUUCCCCCUGUGGAAUCCCCAAGCUGCUGCCAAAAUCAAUAAAU